UACCCUUUUCUGGGUCAGCUGGUGCCGGCGUCAGGCGGAGGGAUGGGCUGGCUUGGCUCGACCCGAGAGGGCUUGUUUACUAUGGCUGAUGAUCUGGAGCAGCAGCCUCAAGGCUGGCUGAGUAGCUGGCUGCCCACUUGGCGCCCCACUUCAAUGUCUCAGUUGAAGAAUGUGGAAGCCAGGAUCCUCCAGUGUCUCCAGAACAAUUUCCUGGCCCGAUAUGUGUCCCUCCCAAACCACAACAAGAUUUGGACAGUGACUGUGAGCCCUGAGCUCAGGGACCGCACCCCCCUGGUGAUGGUGCACGGCUUCGGGGGCGGCGUGGGCCUCUGGAUCCUCAACAUGGAUUCACUGAGUGCCCGCCGCACUCUGCACACCUUCGACCUGCUUGGCUUUGGACGAAGCUCGAGGCCAGCAUUCCCGAGGGACCCAGAGGGGGCCGAGGAUGAGUUUGUGACCUCGAUAGAGACGUGGCGGGAGACCCUGGGGAUCCCCAGUAUGAUCCUCCUGGGGCACAGUUUGGGAGGAUUCUUGGCCACUUCUUACUCUAUCAAAUACCCUGAAAGAGUUAAACACCUCAUCCUGGUGGACCCAUGGGGCUUUCCCCUACGGCCGACUGACCCCAGUGAGAUCCGUGCACCCCCAACUUGGUUAAAGGCUGUGGCCUCUGUCCUAGGGCGUUCCAAUCCACUGGCUGUUCUUCGAGUAGCUGGGCCCUGGGGGCCUGGCCUGGUGCAGAGAUUCCGACCAGACUUCAAGCGCAAGUUUGCAGACUUCUUUGAAGAUGACACCAUAUCAGAGUAUAUCUACCACUGCAACGCACAGAAUCCCAGUGGGGAGACAGCAUUCAAAACCAUGAUGGAGUCCUUCGGCUGGGCUCGGCGCCCCAUGCUAGAGCGAAUUCACUUGAUUCGAAAAGAUGUGCCCAUCACCAUGAUCUAUGGGGCCAACACCUGGAUAGAUACCAGCACAGGGAAAAAGGUGAAGCUUCAGAGGCCGGAUUCCUAUGUGCGAGAUUUGGAGAUUGAGGGUGCUUCACACCACGUCUAUGCAGAUCAGCCACACAUCUUCAAUGCUGUGGUGGAAGAGAUCUGCGACUCCGUUGAUUGAGCUGCUCUCCCAAGAGGAAGAGGAGAAAGCCAGAGAGUCACUCUCUCCUCCCUGUCUGCUUACUCACCUGUCUGUCCUUUCCUCACCAACUAACAUAUGCCAGCCAGGCAGAGUCUUGGGCUGUCCCCAGGGCGGGACCAGAGUGAAGAAGAGCACUCCUGAUCCUACACUAAGGGCUAGAGGCAGAAGCCAGAAGAGGCCUUGAGCUCCCCACCCCGGGGAAGAACAUAAAGGGUUGCAUAUUGCCACCCCAUUCUCUUCAGGCCCAGUGUUACCCAGAUGGUUGUUGUGAAGGGAUUGCACCAAGCCACGUUCCCUCCCUGUGCCAAGGGGAGGGUGGCCUCUCUUCCCCUGGGCACAGGAGACAAUCUCAGCAGCAUUUCCCAGCUCUGGAAUGUUUGUGGGGGUAGGUUCCACACAAGAACAUCUUCCUCCUCCAUCACACCCUGACCCCUGUCCCAUGACAGUUCUGUCCAGGGUCUGCUGGGACCAGUUCCCACUUAACUACCAAGAGCAGGUCCUGGGGCUCCCUUGACCUGGGGGGUCAUCUCCAAAGCCCUCAUUAAUGGAGGAAGAACAGGGCAGGGCAGCACAUGGCUGGCCCAUGGUGGUAUAGCUCUCUUCCAGGAGAGCUAAGGCUAAAACCCAGGCCUGCAGACUCCAUUUGCUAAGGUUUGAGGCAGG